UGUACAGUACGAAGAUACAUUCCCCGCACCCCACAAUUCAAUUUGAGGCUGGUAGCUUGCUUGGUUCAAGGUUCCAUCCAUUGGCAUCACAAUUUUUUAUUUCCUUCAGCCUUGUUUUGUUAGACAGCUGGAACCACCACAAGCACGCGACAAUUCGAUUGAACACGAUAGUCUAACAAUUCCUAUCACACGAACCAACUUCCAGACGAAAUCUCAAAGACGACCCAUUUAAGGUACAUAUUGAAACGGUAAAACUUCUCGCAGACCCUCGCCCAACAUGAGGCUCACGGUCGAGCUCCUUCAGAACUCCCCCUCCUGGCUUAACGCGUUGAAAGAGCGUGAGCUCGAGCUUCGAGGACAUCGUAUCCCCGCCAUCGAGAACUUGGGCGUUGCAGGUCCGCAAGAUUGCAUAGACUUCGUCGACAAUGAUAUCCAGGUGCUGGGGAACUUCCCCCUAUCCCCGCGCAUACGCUCCCUUCUCCUACAGCGAAACCGCAUCGCAUCUAUACAACCUACCCUCGCGAACUCGAUCCCGAACCUCACAACUCUACAAUUAGAGUCGAACAACCUGAGCGAGCUGGCAGAUCUGGACCCGCUUGGAUCUUUCCCGAGGUUGACACACCUGGUUCUACGAGAUAACCCCGUCACGAAGAAGGAGUACUACCGUUACUGGAUCCUAUGGCGCUGCCCGACAGUCCGAUUCCUCGACUUCGAGAAGGUGAAAGACGCAGAGCGAAAACAAGCCGCGACCCUAUUCGGCACCGCGGAGGAGCCCACAGACUUAGCCUCCAAGAUCAUGGGCGUCAAGUCUAAGACGUUCGACUCGGUGCUUUCCGCUAACGGUGCUCCCUCCGGGGCCCUACCGACGCGCAUGUCGCGCAUCAAGCUUACGGAGAAGGAGAAGACGCGCUUGCAGGACAUGAUCAAGAAGGCUACGAGCCUGGAUGAGAUUACGAGGCUCGAGGCUAUGCUGCGAGAGGGCAGGAUUCCGGCUGGUGUACAUUUGAACGACGAGAUGGAGGAGUGAGAUACUUACCUAUAUUUGAGGGUGGAAGUUAGGUCGAGGUGGUAAUUUGGCGUAUAGUUCAUGGUCACAAAAUGAAAAUUCGGGUAUACCCAUGGAAUAGGCAAUAAUGCAAUUCUUUCGCCAGCAGAC